UUUUACCGAUCCCGCUUGCCGACAAAGACUCUUCCGCCUCCGCCGACAAAAGGUGUGCAGGAUAUCCCUCACCGCGGUCAUUUUAUCAUACCGCAUCCCGCCAAAGCCAGAUCAUUUGAUAGAAGAGUCGAGAUAUUUUAACGAGCCAAAAUUUAGCACGCAUUGCGGACAUAUAUACCUUUUUUUUUUUGAUCGAACACAGAAGAGACUGGGAUCUAGAGUGAACCACGAGGCAAGAACAAUAUUCAACAUGGUUCUGUUCGUGUUGUACGAGCAUGCCUCUGGCUAUGCAGUGUUUAAAGUCAUUGCACAAGAAGAAAUCGGAGUGCUUCUGCCAGAAGUACAGGAGGCUGUCGCCGAUCUUUCUCGUUUCGGAAAGUUAGUCAAACUAGCAUCAUUUGCACCCUUCAAAUCAGGAACGAAUGCUUUAGACAACAUCAACUGCAUAUCGGAAGGUAUUAUUCACGAUGACCUCAAGACAUUCUUGGAAGCUAACGUUCCAACUGGAAAGAAGAAAAGCAAGGUUCUUCUUGGUGUCGCUGAUCCUAAACUAGGAGCAGCUAUUCAAGAGACUGUAAACAUCCAGUGUGAAUCAGGAGGAUUAGUGGUGGAAGUUCUCAGAGGAAUAAGGUUUCAUUUUGAGAAGAUGAUCAAGGGACUAACAGGUCCUAUGGCAGCCAAGGCUCAACUGGGUCUUGGGCACAGCUACUCUAGGGCAAAGGUGAAGUUCAACGUUCAUCGUGUGGACAACAUGAUCAUUCAGUCCAUCAGUUUAUUAGAUCAGCUGGAUAAGGACAUCAAUACAUUCUCUAUGAGAAUCAGAGAGUGGUAUUCAUACCAUUUUCCUGAGCUUGUCAAGAUAGUGUCUGACAACUACAUGUAUGCAAGAACAGCUCAGUACGUCAAGUCAAGAAAGGACCUGACAGAAGACAUGAUUGAAGGGCUAGAAGAGAUAGUAAUGGACUCAGCUAAAGCGAAGGCCAUAUAUGAUGCUUCUAAAUCAUCAAUGGGAAUGGAUAUAUCUCCAAUUGACUUGAUCAAUAUCCAGACCUUUGCAUCACGUGUGAUUGGACUAGCAGAAUACAGGAAAAGUCUCCACACUUAUUUGGUUUCCAAAAUGACCCAAGUGGCACCAAAUCUGUCUGCACUCAUUGGAGAGCAGGUUGGGGCUCGAUUGAUUUCUCAUGCUGGAAGCCUGACAAAUCUUGCUAAGUAUCCAGCAUCAACAGUUCAAAUUCUAGGAGCUGAGAAAGCUCUCUUCAGAGCUCUGAAGAAAAAAGGAAACACUCCCAAAUAUGGCCUCAUUUUCCACUCCUCAUUUAUUGGCCGGGCUGGUGCCAAGAACAAGGGACGUGUUUCUAGAUACUUGGCAAACAAAUGUUCCAUUGCUUCAAGAAUUGACUGUUUUUCAGAAACACAGUCGAGUGUAUUUGGUCAGAAAUUACAUGACCAAGUCGAGGAUCGGCUGAAAUUUUACGAGACGGGCGAAGCUCCAAGAAAGAAUAUUGAUGUUAUGAAAGAAGCUAUUGCUGAGUUUGAGGAGAAAAGUCAAGCAGCGAACGAUGAAUCGAGCGAGAAGAAGAAAAAGAAGAAGAAAAAGAAGGAGAAAAAAGAAAAGCAAGAAGCUGCCGAAGAUGAAGAGCAAUCAGCGAUGGACGAUUCUACACUAGUGGAAAAUGGCCAUGAUGAAGGAAGCAAAAAGAAAAAGAAGAAAAAGGAGAAAGGAGAUAAAAGAAAGGCUGAAGAACAAGAUGACGAAGUUGUACCUGUCGUGAGUGAAGAAUCUGGAGAACCAAAGAAAAAGAAGAAAAAGAAAAAGAAAACUGACGAGGAAUGAGUAAUUUGUAUAGACAAUUCCACAAACAGCGCCGAUUAGACCAGACACUCAGAUUAAACACAGAAAACUAUAGGAAUGGGGUGAAUUGUUUUAAAUGAAAUCAUAUUUUUUUCAAGCUCUUUACUCCCCGAGUGUGGAAGUAAUGUAACUUUUUGCUGGUAUGAUGUAAAUGAAAAUCAUUUUUUCCCCUGAUCUAUUGGAAUCCUUGUUUGUGUUUCUUCUCUUUUGCAUCGGCGGUAAUUUCAUUUUACUGAACCAACGUCCAAUCGGGCUUCAUUUUAAAUGAAUAAAGCUGUUAGUCUUUAAAGACACUCUC